CGACCGGCGGGCGCGGGGCUGCAGGGCCGGGGCCGCAGCGGGAGCGGAGGGGCGCACGCCGCGCAGCCGGCGCCGGGCCCGGACCUGAGGCGCGCGGCCCCACGCCCGGGCGACGCCGCGGCGGCGCGGGCCGAGGAGCGCGGCCGGGAUGUCGGCGGGCGGCCGCGACGAGGAGCGGCGGAAGCUGGCCGACAUCAUCCACCACUGGAACGCCAACCGGCUGGACCUGUUCGAGAUCAGCCAGCCCACCGAGGAUUUGGAGUUCCAUGGAGUGAUGAGAUUUUAUUUUCAAGAUAAAGCUGCUGGAAACUUUGCAACAAAAUGUAUUCGGGUCUCUAGCACUGCCACCACUCAAGAUGUAAUCGAAACACUAGCGGAGAAAUUCCGACCUGACAUGCGAAUGUUAUCAUCUCCCAAGUACUCCCUCUAUGAAGUGCAUGUCAGUGGAGAAGAAAGAAGAUUGGAUAUAGAUGAGAAACCCCUAGUCGUGCAGUUGAAUUGGAACAAAGAUGAUCGAGAGGGCAGGUUUGUCCUGAAGAACGAGAAUGAUGCCACACAUCCCAAGAAGGUUCAAAGUAAUGGGCCUGAAAAGCAGGAAAAAGAAGGCGUUAUCCAGAACUUUAAGCGAACACUCUCAAAGAAAGAAAAGAAGGAAAAGAAGAAGAGAGAAAAAGAAGCGACAAGGCAGGCGGCUGAUAAGGAUGGUGGCCCUCAUCUCCCUGGCGGCGACACUGAGAAUUCUCGACUGGCUGCUGAGGUUUACAAAGACAUGCCUGAAACCAGCUUCACCCGAACGAUCUCCAACCCUGAGGUGGUCAUGAAACGGCGGAGGCAGCAGAAGCUGGAGAAGAGGAUGCAAGAGUUUCGGAGCUCCGACGGGCGGCCUGAUUCAGGUGGAACGUUGAGAAUUUAUGCAGAUAGUUUAAAACCAAAUAUUCCCUACAAGACAAUCCUGCUGUCUACUACAGAUCCUGCAGACUUUGCUGUGGCUGAAGCCUUAGAGAAGUAUGGGCUGGAGAAAGAGAACCCUAAGGAUUACUGCAUCGCCCGGGUUAUGCUUCCUCCUGGAGCCCAGCAUUCUGAUGAGAAAGGUGCUAAAGAGCUCGUCCUUGAUGAUGAUGAGUGUCCUUUACAAAUUUUCAGGGAGUGGCCGAGCGAUAAAGGGAUCUUAGUCUUUCAGUUGAAGAGGAGGCCACUGGACUAUAUCCCAAAGAAAACUAAGAGACACAGUGAUGGGAAGCUGGUGAGGGGGAAGGAGAGAGCAGAGGGCUCUGGCUGCGGCUCUGCACUUCCGCCUGAAAAGCUGCCCUAUCUGGUAGAGUUGAGCCCAGCCCCAGGGAGAAGGGAUCACUUUGCCUACUACAACUAUCACACUUAUGAAGACGGUUCUGACUCCAGAGAUAAGCCCAAGCUUUACCGCCUUCAGCUAAGUGUCACUGAGGUUGGGACAGAGAAGUCCGACAACGGCUCCAUCCAGUUGUUUGGUUCGGGAAUUCAGCCCCAUCACUGUGACCUCACCAACAUGGAUGGUGUUGUCACUGUCACUCCAAGAAGCAUGGAUGCCGAGACGCUCGUGGAAGGGCAGCGCAUCUCAGAGACGACCAUGCUGCAGAGCGGAAUGAAGGUGCAGUUCGGGGCGUCACACGUGUUCAAGUUCGUGGAUCCCAGCCAGGACCACAUGCUCACCAAGAGAUCUGUGGAUGGAGGCUUGACGGUGAAGGGUCCCAGACAUAAGCCUGGAAUUGUUCAGGAGACAACUUUUGACUUAGGAGGAGAUGUUCAUAGUGGAACAGCGUUACCAGUAAGCAAGAGUACCACCAGACUGGACAGCGACAGGGCACCAUCUGCCCCCAGCACAACUGAGCGAGGGACGGUGAAGCCGGCGGUCAGAGUGGAGCAGCAGGACUUCCGCAGGCAAGAAAGCAGAACUCAGGAUGCCUCUGGGCCUGAGCUGACACUGCCUGCAAGCAUCGAAUUCAGGGAGAGCUCUGAAGAUUCGUUCUUAUCUGCCAUUAUAAACUAUACUAAUAGCUCUACAGUACACUUUAAGUUGUCGCCUACGUACGUAUUGUACAUGGCGUGUCGGUAUGUAUUGUCAAGCCAGUACCGACCUGAUGCCAGCCCCGCGGAGCGCGCUCACAAAGUGAUCGCCACGGUCAACAAGAUGGUGAGCAUGAUGGAAGGGGUGAUCCAGGAAGUAGACCAGGUUGAUCAGAAACAGAAGAACAUUGCAGGGGCUCUUGCUUUCUGGAUGGCAAAUGCGUCUGAGCUCCUCAACUUCGUUAAGCAGGACCGAGAUCUUAGUCGGAUCACGUUGGACGCCCAAGAUGUCCUAGCGCACUUGGUCCAGAUGGCAUUUAAGUACCUGGUUCACUGUCUUCAAUCAGAACUGAAUAAUUACAUGCCAGCCUUUCUGGAUGACCCUGAAGAGAACAAUCUGCAAAGACCAAAAAUAGAUGACGUCUUGCACACGCUCACGGGGGCCAUGUCUUUGCUGCGGCGCUGCAGAGUCAACGCCGCCCUGACCAUCCAGCUCUUCUCUCAGCUGUUCCACUUCAUCAACAUGUGGCUCUUCAACAGACUGGUAACCGACCCUGAGUCAGGGCUGUGCUCGCACUACUGGGGGGCGAUUGUCCGCCAGCAGCUGGGGCACGUCGAAGCGUGGGCCGAGAAGCAGGGCUUGGAGCUGGCGGCCGAUUGUCACCUCAGCAGAGUUGUGCAGGCCACCACUUUGCUGACAAUGGAUAAGUAUGCCCCUGAGGACAUUCCGAGUAUAAACAGCACCUGCUUUAAGCUAAACUCACUUCAGCUUCAAGCUUUACUGCAGAAUUACCACUGUGCACCCGAUGAGCCCUUCAUCCCCAUGGAUCUGAUAGAAAAUGUAGUGGCUGUAGCGGAGAAUACGGCUGAUGAGCUGGCACGCAGUGACGGGCGGGAGGUGCAACUGCAGGAGGACCCUGACCUGCAGCUGCCCUUUCUUUUGCCGGAAGAUGGCUAUUCUUGCGAUGUCGUCAGAAACAUCCCAAAUGGUUUACAGGAAUUUUUAGACCCCUUGUGCCAGAGAGGAUUUUGCAGGUUAAUCCCUCAUGCACGGUCCCCAGGCACCUGGACAAUAUAUUUUGAAGGUGCAGAUUAUGAAAGCCACCUUUCGCGCGAGCACACAGACCUGGCCCAGCCUCUGAGGAAAGAACCUGAAAUCAUCACUGUGACCCUGAAGAAGCAGAAUGGAAUGGGCCUCAGCAUCGUGGCCGCCAAGGGUGCUGGUCAAGACAAACUUGGGAUCUACGUGAAGUCUGUUGUAAAAGGAGGUGCUGCUGAUGUGGAUGGACGGCUCACUGCGGGUGACCAGCUCCUCAGUGUGGAUGGGCGAAGUCUGGUAGGACUCUCUCAGGAAAGGGCGGCAGAACUCAUGACCAGAACGAGUUCUGUGGUAACGCUGGAAGUGGCAAAGCAAGGAGCAAUUUACCACGGUCUUGCUACCCUGCUCAACCAGCCCUCCCCGAUGAUGCAGAGAGUUUCAGAUCGUCGUGGCUCAGGUAAACCCCGGCCAAAGAGUGAAGGUUUUGAGCUCUACAAUAAUUCAGCUCAAAAUGGGUCACCCGAGAGCCCUCAGCUGCCUUGGGCAGAAUACAGUGAGCCAAGGAGACAGCCUGGCGACGACAGGCUGACGAAGGACAGAGCCGAUCACCGCUCCAGCCCCAACGUAGCGAAUCAGCCUCCCAGUCCUGGAGGGAAAAGCACAUAUGCCCCUGGAACGGCCACGAAGAUAACAUCUGUCUCCACUGGCAACCUCUGCACUGAGGAGCAGACACCACCGCCCAGACCGGAAGCCUACCCCAUCCCCACUCAGACGUACACCAGAGAGUAUUUCACCUUCCCAGCUUCCAAGUCCCAGGACCGGAUGGCUCCUCCUCAGAGCCAGUGGUCAGAUUACGAGGAAAAGCCACACGUGUACCCAGACAGUAAUCCUUCCAGUAUUGCAAUCCAGCGUGUUACCCGUUCCCAGGAGGAACUCCGGGAAGAUAAAGCUUACCAAGCCGACCGGCAGCACUUGGAGGCGGGCCUGGACCGCAAGUCCGACAGCGACAUGUGGAUAAACCAGAGCUCGGUGGGCUCCACCGCGUCCAGCCAGGAACACCUGGACCAUGGCUCCAAGGCGGGCACGCCCGCGUCCACGCUGAGCAGGAGCGGCCCCGGGCGCUGGAAGACCCCCACCGCCGCACCGCCGCAGGCCGAGCCGCCUGCCCCGGGCGCCGCGGAGCCUCCGCCGCCCCCGCCCGCUGCCGGCCAGCCGGGGCCUCCUGCGGCGCAGGCGGCUGCCGAGCGCAGGAAGCGGGAGGAGCAGCAGCGCUGGUACGAGAAAGAGAAGGCGCGCCUGGAGGAGGAGCGGGAGCGGAAGCGCAGGGAGCAGGAGCGAAAGCUGGGCCAGAUGCGCGCUCAGGUGCCGCCCCCUGCGCAGCCGGCGCCCCCGCGGCCCCCGGACACGGUCAUCCGCGAGCUGCAGCCGCAGCAGCAGCCGCGCACGAUCGAGCGCAGGGAUCUGCAGUACGUUACGGUGAGCAGGGAGGAGCUGGCCUCGGGGGACAGCCUGUCCCCUGACCCCUGGAAGCGGGACGCCAGGGAGAAGCUGGAGAAGGAGCAGCAGCUGCACAUCGUGGACAUGCUGAGCAAGGAGGUGCGGGAGCUGCAGGGCAAGCCCGACCGCACGGCCGAGGAGAGCGACCGCCUGCGGAAGCUCAUGCUGGAGUGGCAGUUCCAGAGGCGGCUGCAGGAGUCCAAGCAGAAGGACGAGGACGACGAGGACGAGGAGGACGACGACGUGGACACCGUGCUGAUCAUGCAGCGCCUCGAGGCCGAGCGCAGAGCGCGGCAGACUGCUGUGCCAGCAAUCUCUGUUCUAGAUUUGUUGCAGGACGAGGAGCGGCGGCGUCAGCAGCUGGAGGAGAUGCGGCGGCGCGAAGCAGAAGACCGGGCGCGGCAGGAGGCGGAGCGCGCGCGGCGUGAGGAGGAGCGCGCGCGGCGGGAGGCCGAAGACAAGAGGCGACAGGAAGAAGGGUACUACAGCCGCCUGGAGGCCGAGAGGCGCAGACAGCACGACGAGGCAGAGCGCCGGCUGCUGGGGCCCGAGGAGCCGGGGCUGUGCAGACCCCCGCUCCCGCGGGGCUACGAGCCCCCGCCCACUGCGCCCGCGCCGCCCGCCCCACCCCAGCGCUCCGCCUCCCGCCUCCCGGCGCCGGCGCUGUCCCCAGACUCCCUGUACACCGCCCGCCUCGUGGCCUACGGCGACGACGAGGAGGAGCAGCAGCAGGAGGAGCGCGGCGGCCCGGCAGGACCGAACUCUUAUAUAGGACCUAUUGGAACAGCUGUCGGGGCCCAUGAUGUUCAUCGAGACCCAAGAGACAGACUGUCGAGAAGCCAAGAUGCAGAUUUAUCUGGAAGUCCUGGAGCCCCUGAAAACUUGACAUUCAGAGAGCGCCAGCGUCUUUUUUCACAAGGUCAAGAUGUGUCCAAUAAAGUAAAAGCCUCUCGUAAAUUAACAGAACUGGAAAAUGAACUGAACACAAAAUGAGAGAGGGCAGGGCACCCUGGCACCCCUGAGUCUCCCAGGUGGGUCUUUGGGCAUGAGACAGGGAAGAAAGGGGUGGCUGUGUUUCUGAGUCACUUGUAGUUUCGGUUUCUAAAAUGGUUGAAACUUAGACAUGUUCUAAUUCCAGAAAGUUAUAUUUUAUUUUACCAGGAGAUUGUCAUUUGUACAAUGUGUAAACACUGUCAAGUUUCUUAAUUAUCUGACUCACAGGAAGGUAAUGUUUUGGUGAGCUGCUUUUGUAGUUUGAAUGAAAGGGGACUGAGUGGAGGCAGAAGGUUAUGAAGUCUUUCUUCUCCCUUCUCUUUCCCAUGGAGCACAAAGAGUCCUAUUUCUGUUCUUUUUCAAACACUUUGUUUUAGCUGUCAAACAGAAAAUAGCUUGAACUUCCCAGACUAUUGUUUGCACUAUUUAGGAGCAACCUCAGACUGUCCUACAGGAGAGCGGGGCUUCCUCCCCCAGGGGGCCUCUGGGCGUGCUGCUUGCAGGUGUGGUCCGUGCUGGUGCCCACUGCCUCUGAGCCUGCCCUAAGGAGAAGCGGCCCGGACCCACGUUCCCCGAGGGGAAGGUGCUGCGCAUACAGUCCCAUCUCCCAGGGGCAAGGCCUCCUGAUCAAUGCUCAAUAGUUGAUUUUAAAAACCUCUCUGUGAAAAAAACAUUUUGAGGGUUUAAGCUUAGGAAAUUUUAUUUUUAUAAAUACCAGAUUAUUGUCAGGCUAAUAAAUCAUUGGUGAUUUUGAAGGUGGCAGUUUUAAGUUAGAAAGUUAACUAUUUCAUAUAUUCAAGAGAAUCUGUAAAAGAGGAUCUCUCUAGCUGAGCAGUGUUGAUGUGAAUAGGAACAAAAUUCUUGAGAUGGGAGAUUGUUAAGUGACACUCGAGCACAGCUGUUGCUCAGAAAUUUUAAAUGUCAAAAAGAAAUAGAGUCAUGUGGCCGUGCUGUCAGGGAAAGGAUGGUCCGGUUACGUGCGGCAUUUGUGACGUAAAUAUUGUAAGAGUAAAUUGUGUGGCAGUUCAGGCUGUUUUUUUACUCUCAUGGAGUUAUUUAAUUUUCAUUUGUUGUUAGGACCACUGUCAAUUUUUCAGCUGUGAACGUGUAGCUGAUGUUGGGGAGACGAAUCUUACUUUGUUUUAAAUUGUGUGAUGUUUAAAAUGGUAAAUUAAGUUGUGAUUAUGAGCAAAUUUUAUAUUUGACAAAGCCCUGAUAUGGGGCCUAGAUGAAUUUUCUGUACCAUAUUGUUCUCUUACAAAUAUGUAUGUCAGGAAAAUGUGCACACUUUCAAAUAGAAGAGGGCAGGGCUUUCCAGCCUUACAAACCACUGUAGUAAGAGUUGUAUGAUAAAUCAUUACAAUAGCAGUGUAAAUAUUUUUUAUGUCUAUCAGGGUUCUUAUUUGGAAGUGUGCUUUUACCAUUUCCCUUGUUUAAGUAAGAGAGUAAAAUGGUUCUAAGUGUUUAUGAAGGAUCUGCGUGCUCGUUCCAGAAGUUCUGGGAAAAGCAGGCUCCUCCCAAAUAUCUUGAGAACACUGGCAGCCUUACAGGGACUAAAUCCACACUUUCUUUAAAGAAAAAGAUGCAGAUAAACUAUUCUGCAUCUGUUAUUCUGUUAUUAUAUAGAAAACAAAUACACAUACAUACAUGCAAAUAUAUGUAAAUACCAUGCAGGAUAUUUGUUAUGUGUGGAUGUAAAAUGAACAAGUGGAUUUGGCCAUCCUCAGACACUUAGGUCGAGUGUGAAUAUGUGUGAAAAUGCUUUUCAUAACUGUGCAUUACUGUGGGGAAAAACAUUAAAACUGCUGUAGUUUUCCAUUUCUACUGUAUUUUGUUCACAACCUAUUUUUAAUAAACUUUGUAUGUAU